UCUUGCCCCCGUGAUCAGUGUACGCAACACAGUCCGUGCGCGCAGAGGUGGUCGUCCGUCUGUUCGCGCUCGGUUGAGGUUUUUUUUCACUUUUUCUCGCGAGUUCGUCGCGGUCGCGUUCGUGCAAGUCUUUCCCUGGUCUUCCAGCAGCAUUUCAGCGACAGUCGGCGACGUUUAUUAAUCGCCAACAACGAAAUUUGCGAAAUAAGUGCAACCACACAGUGAGAAACACACCGAGAGGCGACAUCAUUGUUACAUGAUCGUCAUCAAUCGCCGUGAUCAAUACCUUUCCCCGAAGCAAGUACGGCGUCAGCAGUGAGUGAAUAAGUGAGCGUGUGACGUGUGACGUGUGUGUGAGAGAAGGAGAUAAAAAAUCGUCCAUAAUUUUUUGAGUGAAUUUUGCGUAAUCGUGCAAGUUCCAGCCGUGAUCGUCGUGCCUAUCGGAUCAUUUCAGGCACCGGUUGGCAGGGUGCGUGUGUUUGAGUCUGAUUUUUGCAAAAUUGUGUGACCCGCCGACGAGUGACAGCAACGCGGUAAACAACCGGGACGACCAUGAAACAGGCAAAUGGUCGAGUGUUCGAUCGGAAUAAAGCCACCGCGUACAGCCGGAAGUGAGCCGGAUCGAGCGUGUCCAGCACGAAAACCCCCGGGACGUCCCGGAGGGAACCGAGCGCUCUAGCGCUGCCAAACCGUACCAUCCAUCCCGGCCUUUUGGUGGGAAGCGACGUUCUGAGCCCCCGGACCGGACCAGCGCAGCGUGCCUUCAUGGCCAACUUAUGCAGAAAGGUAACUACUCUACAAGAUGACGCUAGAUGACGACGCCUUAGCGACUGACACAAAUGAGGCUUAAAUUAACCGAAAACCUGAUACGGUAGCCUGAUGUCUCACUUUACACAGCUCGGUUACAGGGAGCAUAUAAAGAAGAGAGCUAUCUAACAUAUGCGGCGACGAUCCAGAAUGAAGGUUCUAAAGAUACUGCAGUCCUUUUCGCAAGGGACGUUCAUUGCGUUUUUGCUGCUUUUCUUCGGCGUGGAUUGUAUGGGUGAACCCGGGUACCUUGACUUUGAUAAUCUUCCGGAGACAAAUUUCACCUGCGCCGGCAAAGUGAUCGGUGGCUACUAUGCCGAUCUGGAGGCAUCCUGCCAGAUGUUCCACGUGUGCACGAUCGGCCAAGGGGACGAACCGAUGGACAUUAAGUUUCUCUGCCUGAACGGGACGGUAUUCGAUCAGGAAACGCGUGUGUGCGAGCGCGUGGACGAGGUUGAUUGUUCCAAGUCGGAAAAGUUCUACUACCUAAACUUGGAGCUUUAUGGCAACACGAUCAUUCCUUCGCCGGACGAUGGCAGCUCAGAAGAAGAAGGUAGUGAAGGAGUGUCUUCAACAACCAGUACGACAUCCACGACUACUACCACGACGACCACUACGACUCCGAAACCUCCCGCCACUACGACCCCAUCGAGACGGUUCGUAUUUAACAACGGUAACAAGGGCUUCACACAGCCCAUCUCAUCCUCAACGAUCGCGACCCCAAUGCACGCGUUCUCGAGCACUUCUCGCAAGCCACCAUCCGAGGAGGAAGACUACGAGUACGAGGAUGAGGAGUACACGGACGAAAAGACGGCCGAUCAGGACUCGGUCGUAGUCCCAGCGCUGGAGGAAGGUGGCAACUUUUCGCCCCAGCAAUUUACACUCCAGCAGCAGCAGCAGCAGCAGCAGGGCAAUCAACCAAAAACGGAACCACCGACGAAAGCCGGUGGAGGCGUGAAGCCAGCCGUAUCGUUCCAGCAGCAACACUUCCAGAAUGGUGGUACGCUAGCUGUAACGAACUCGCACGUCACUGUGACCACCCAUACCACAGGCGCUGCUAGUGGCGGACCAACUGGUAGUGGUAGUACUGGUGGCGCAACACCACCCGCCGGAGGUACGAAGUCCAAAUCUCAACCAUCACAGCCACCGCUCACGCACAAACAGAAGCAGCAGCUGGAGCACCAGCGUCGUCAGCAGCAGGAACAGUUGCUCCAACAGCAAGCCAUCACCAAGCAGCACGAGGAGCUGCAGAAACGUCAACAGGAAGCGGCCGUCAAGCAGCAACAGAAAGCGCUCCAGCAGCAGCAGAAGCAGGUUCAGCAGCAUGAAGCCGAAAUCAAAAACCAUCAGGCACUGCUACUACUCCACACGCAGAAGAUCAAUCGCCAGCAGCAGAAGCAACAGAAUGGACCUCAGUCUGCGGCUCUAACGCCUACCCAGCGCUCACCGUUCCCUACCGGAACAGGAGCAAGUGGAUUCGGUUCCAGUCAGCAACAGCAGCAACAGCAGCAGCAGCAGCAACAACAGCAAACACAAGCACCAAAGAGAAUACCGCUGCUAGCCUCGUCGGCGCCUCUAGUAUUGCCUUCGCCUGCCUCCCCACUGACACCGUUCCGCUUGAGGGCUCAGGGUUUCAAGCUACCGCAAUCGGUCGCUCCUCAAAUGUCACCCCAACAGCGGCAGGAUAUAUUGCGCCAACAGCAGCAGCAGCAGCUACAGCAACAGCAGCAGCAGCAACAACAGCAACAUCACCAUCAUCAUCACCAGCAGGAGGAACGCUUCGAAGGCUACCGAAGACAACCACCGCCUCAGUAUCCGGUUCGUUUUCAGGUACCGUUGCAUCUACCCUUCGAGCAGCAGCUGCGCAACCAGAAGGACAUCUCGCUACAGUUCGACCCGGACGUAGAAGAUCUGACACAGAUUCCACAGCACAAGGAGCUGAAGCGGUCUGAUCCUCCGUUUCACCAUCAGGGUAAGGCGGGACAGGCGAGUUCCAAGGAACAGGUAGUAGUCGGCGAGCGGAAGGUAGAUAGCGGACAGCAGCCACACUCCGACGGUGGUGAGCAGGACCAGCAGGAUCCGGUGGUCGAGUACGAGUACGAUGAGGAUUACAGUUCCGAGGGGGACGAUUCGGACCCAGGAAAUUCUAGCCUAGAUAGCGUUAAGUCUAACACCAAUAGUGAAUUUGUUAUCGCCAAGAAUGCAUCGCCCGGCAAGACCGGAGACGAUCGCUUCCCGAAAGAGCCCGCCAGAAGCAGCGGGACGAGAAGCGAAGGCGACAGAACUAAUACUAAACCUAGCGCAAAUAGUUCUAGCAGUAAUAGAGUUAGUAGUAAUAAUGGUAGCAACAGCAGCAGCAGUAGUAGUAGUAACGAUCGUAGCUCUAAGAAACUCCCGAAUGGAGGAGGUGGCACCGCCAUCACCACCACCACCAGCAACACUAGUAGGUUUAUCAUUAACAACGAGCAUCACAAGAGCCACAGCAGUAGUUCGCCACCGCGCGUUCAACCUUCCGCUCGGGUUGGUGUGUCGCCGGCACCGCUCGGCUAUCCGAAAGUGAUCGUCACCACCAGUACCUCCAUCCGCGAUAAUCACGGUCGUACGAUCAACUACUCCAUCACAAGUAAUGGCGGUGGUUCCGGCUCGAGCACAGCUACGCCGCCAGCCGUCACCAGCACGACGGCGCGCCCCAAAGCGACCGCCGCCACAGUCAGAGGGUACGACGAGUACAAAGAGAGUGACGUACUGAGCGAUCCGUUCUAUCUGGACGUACCUCGCCAGCGUGCCAGAACCAGACGAUCGUUGGCCGGCGGGGUACGAUUGCGUCGACGAAAACGCUACAUACUGCUCGUGCCUCGGUUCAUGUAGACGGGCAGGUUCCUUUGGAGGAUCUGGGGGUGACGCGCGCUUGUAAAUAUUGUGUCCCAGCUCAUUUGCAGCUCGAUGCAAAGAAAAAUACUCAUGCCUUCCUUCCCUUCUUUUGUAAGUCACGUGAUACACGACGCUCCUUCUGCGCCAUGCGUUCCUGCGUCCGACGAGUGCAGGAUGUAUGGGCGUUUUUGGCAAAAACAUAGCACCACUCUCUCGCGGCAUAUUCUACAACUGUCCCUUCGAUUAGCUAAUUUAAUGUAAUGUUUGCCUUUCAACGCUAUUUUAAUUUAAUUCCAAUAUCGAUAGUGGUGGGAUUGUACCACCAUUUUUGCCGAGAGAGUGUAAAUGUAUGAAGUUGUGUAGUUGUACAGAUUGUAGAAGUUCUUUUUCGUUCGUUUGUUUUUCCUUAUCUUCACUUUUUGGUGGGAAUCUACUACUCCCCCCUCCCUCCAAGCAAUAUACUUUCUCCAGUUUUUUUUUUACAAGUUGUAGUUUUGUUUUAUCUUUUCCUCUUAGCUAAUAGGCAGCAGACAAAACACACGUUGUAUGAACCAGUUACGAUUAUUACAGCAAGAUUACAGCCGCAGGGGGAGCAACAAAAAAAUACAUCGUUAUGCUUCUAUACUCAUCCAUAGCGAGUAGGUUAAAUAUCCCCAAUCCAGCUCCAUAUUUUUGUUUUGCGGUCUUUCUCCUUCCCUAAGAAAGCUUCCCCACGUCCAACUGAUGCCAAACUGAUGGAAGCAAUGGCUAGAAAACUAGAAUUGAAGGAUGAGAAACAUGUAAAAAUAAAGAAUAAAGCACAAUGUUCGUAUAA